GCGCAAGCUACAUAUCUUUAAAGUGAGCACUCAUUCCGCAUUACUUUUUUGCUUUUAUUAUUAAAUAAACAUGCUGUGAAAUGAAUUAAUUUAUUUACGUCGGAUCGAUGGUACCAGCGGCGCCAUAUUUAAAUCAUGUUUUGCUUAAGGAGCGUGCGCCACUUUGCACACCACCAACUCAAAUUCAAAUUGAGGAGGUUUACAACCGGUAACUUUUUGAGGAAGGAAGAAACUAACGAAGAUGAUGGGAAAAUUGAUGAGAUUUUAUCUUCAGAUAACGACUACAAUAUAAUAGCAGAGAACUACUUCUCCUUAGGACAAUCCCAUAAUUGCCUCAUAAUUCAGCCGUACGUAAAAUGGGGUCCCAAGAAGAAGCAGAACAUAACUCCAGAGGAACAACUGGAUGAGGCCACUGCCUUAAUUAAGACUUUACCGAACUGGAACGUCCUUGACACGAUUGGCAUCCCUCUAGACACCCUAGAGAGGAAAACUUUGUUCAAGUCCGGCUCCAUGGACAAACUAGUACAAUUAAUACGCCAAAGAAGCGACGUUAGUGCCAUAUUUAUGAACGUAGGUAACUUAAGGAACAUACAAGUGGGUUUGCUGCAAGAAAAUCUUGGCAGACCAAUCCUGGAUAGAUAUCAAAUAGUCAUGCAAAUUUUAAAACUGCACGCCACCAGCAAACACGCGAAACUUCAAGUAGCCCUGGCUGAGCUGUACUACAUACAAAAGAAGGCUCAAAAGAGCGCCCUAUUUGGCACCAGCAACUCAGAUGCCGUCAAACUGAUGUUCCAAAAGCGCGAGGCGAAGCUCAAAACGGCCAUAGACAAUCUGAGAAGUCAGCGAGCUUUGUUGAGGAACAAGAGGAAGAAAAUGGAUUAUCCGGUGGUGGCGGUUGUGGGUUACACGAACGCCGGCAAGACUUCUUUGAUUAAGGCUCUAACGGGGGAUUCAAGACUGACGCCAAAAAACCAAUUGUUUGCCACCUUAGACGUAACUCUGCAUUCAGGUAUUCUACCGUCAGGUUUGGAAGUUCUGUAUGUGGACACAGUGGGCUUCAUUUCGGACAUACCAACCAAUUUGAUUGAGUGUUUUGUGGCCACGCUUGAAGAUGCAGUACUGGCGGACGUAAUACUUCAUGUAGAGGACCUAGCAAGUACAAACUUUGAGUUCAAGCGUUCGCACGUUUUGAACACUCUGAAGGAUUUAAGCAACAAGGCAGAAGUCGGUGACAUAAUGGCUAAGGUCGUCAGCGUUGGAAAUAAAUGUGACAUAGGCCAUAAAACGGACCUAUCACCUCUUAACGUAUCUUCAGUAACUUCUGAAGGCUUGGAUGAAUUGAGGUAUCAAUUGGAGGCGGCUAUUUUAAAGGCCACUUCGAGGCAAAAGCUCACUAUCAAAAUACCAAAUGGAGGCGACGAAUUGAGAUGGCUUUAUAAAAACUCCACCAUUAUCUCAGAAGAAGCAGAUGAAGAAAACAGUCAACUUUUGAAAGUCAAGAUUAUCAUUACCACGGCAAAUUUACAAAAAUUCAAGCACAAUUAUCUGAAAAGGAGAUGAAAAUGUCAAACAUUUUUAUUUAUUUAUAAAAUAAAUUUGUAAUAGAA